AAACAGAGAGGGCUUGUUGGUGGUCGGAUGCCCUAGCAGUUCGUCGUUCUUCUUCCCUCUUCCUCCCUCUCUCAAGAACGAAUUCCUUACGGCACUGCCCACCUCUCUGUCUCAAUCCUCAUUACAUGUUUCACAUUCAGAAUCCAUCUGUUGCGCAGAGGAUAACCGUGGCAGAUACCUGACGAUUAUCUCAAUUCCUUCUCCCUCGUGUGCUCGUCGCUAUCGUUUUUACUGACGCUUAUUUCUGAAAGUAAAUAUCUCCAACCUCCAAAUGAAAAAGCUUUGACCUCGGAAUUCUCUUUGCAGCGACGCGGUUUACUUUUCUGAUAAGCGCCCAGAAGAAUUAAGGUUAAGCUGGGAGCCUUCCAAUUUGACUGAUGGAGUUUGGGAUUGAAAGUGAUAUCAAUGGGGAGAUCAUCAAAAAUACAAUCGAGAUUGAGAGUAAUAGAGUGGGUGAUGAUAAUCUAACAGGUGGAAAUUCUCUUCAAGUGACAUUUCAACAGGAUGAAGAUUUUAAGUUGGAUCAAGAUUCUUCACAGGGGUCUAUCCCCCAGGCAAUGCCAGCUGUAUCAGUGGUUCCGGCAGAUGAACCAUAUGUGGGACAGGAAUUUGAAUCUGAGGUAGCUGCCCAUGCAUUUUACAAUGCAUAUGCCACACAGGUGGGGUUCAUUAUCCGUGUAAGUAAACUAUCUCGAUCUAGGCGUGAUGGAUCUGCUAUUGGCCGGGCACUUGUUUGUAACAAAGAAGGUUACAGAAUGCCUGACAAGCGUGAAAAGAUCGUCAGACAAAGAGCGGAGACAAGGGUUGGCUGUAGGGCAAUGAUUUUGGUAAGAAAAGUAAGUUCGGGCAAAUGGGUUGUCACGAAGUUUGUGAAGGAGCAUACCCAUCCCCUAACACCUGGAAAGGGACGAAGAGAUUGCAUUUAUGAUCAGUAUCCGAAUGAACAUGAUAAAAUACGGGAGUUAUCACAGCAGCUGGCCGUUGAGAGAAAGAGAGCUGCAACCUACAAAAGACAUUUGGAGUUGAUAUUUGAGCAAAUUGAGGAGCAUAAUGAGAGCCUUUCAAAGAAGAUCCAGCACAUAGUGGACAGCGUGAGGGAGAUAGAAAAUAGCGAGUAGCAGGGCUGUAUAUAAUUUUCAGCAUAGAUUUUCUUUAUUUAUCAAAGUACAGGAUCAACUGGUACAGAGAAUGCUGGUGAAUAAAACAGUGCAGUAUUGUGAUUAGUGUUUGCAAUUUGGCAUAGAACUCUCAUCCUGAUUUUUAUUUUAUUUCGACAGGAUUCUUUAGUCUUUUUUCGUUUUUUU